AUGGCGGACGGAUUAAACGACCAAAGGACUGCUCGGGUAGCAGAUCUCCUGUCUGAUUUUCGCACCCUUCAAUACUAUAUCGCUGCUGCACCUCUCGACCCUGAAGAUCCGGACGACUACUACACAGAAGGAUAUGCUGCUUUAAGGCAAUGUUCGAUUGAUGGCCAACACAUUUUGAACUGUGCGGCAGAGACGCGAGUUCCCAGAGUACGAGGUGGUCCUGAAGAGCAGGCAAAGGCCGAGCUACAGCAGGUUAUGCUUGACGCAUACGCCCGUCGUCACGAGGCGCAAAAGAUCUAUCUCAGACAGGGUGCGGCUCAGCGCUGGAUCGGUUGGCGGGAUCAAGUUCUUCAAGGAGAACGUCCACAUACUGGCCAUACGGACCAAUUAGCAGCCUGUGACGCGCAAUUACGAGUUGAACUCGCAGCGAUCACAGACGAUUCCAUUUAUUCGGACAUGCGGUCGUCAGACUAUCAGAUGGGUCGAUGGACACUUGAAGAUCCCAGCCUUCGACACAUCCAAAGAUGGGUCAGAGCCAGGCGCUAG